UAAACCAGACACAAUUUAAGUUAAUUGGGGGAAGAGGGAACAAAAAAAUGCACAGAUUUUGAGUGACAUCACUUCCAUGAUGGACUCCCUCCUUUAAGAGAAUAAGUCAGAGCCGACCCCAGGGUAGAGGAGCCUGGAACACUGCGGGGAAACGUCUAGACUGGGCUGACCAGACGCACGGCACAUCUGGAUUUACACUUAGACCAGAGGACUCCUGCUCCAGUCAACAAGCUCCAAAAUGGACAUGAUCACCAACUCUACAGACAUGACAGGAAGGAACAGUACCAAUGCCAGCAACUGCCCAUUCGCUGAGGAGUGGGACUGGCUCCACACCAUGCAACCGGGCUACAUCCUGGCCAUCAGUGUCCUGGGGAUUCUGGGUAAUGUCUUUGUCCUGUUGGUCUUCUGCCUGCAUAAGAAGGCCUGCACCGUAGCAGAAAUCUACCUGAGUAACCUGGCCGCCGCUGACCUGCUCCUGGUCUCCUGCCUCCCCUUCUGGGCCGUCAACGUGGCCAACGGCUUCAACUGGCCCUUCGGCCCCCUGCUGUGUCGCCUGGUCAACGUGGGCAUCAAGAUGAAUGCCUACUGCAGUAUCUACUUCCUGGUUCUAGUCAGUGUGGACCGCUAUGUGGCGCUAGUGCAUACGAUGAGCCACGGGAGGAUGAGGAGGCCCUCCUACGCCAAGCUGGGCUGUUUGUUAGUGUGGGGCUUCGGGCUGCUCCUGGGCACCCCGACCAUGCUCUUCAGAGCGGUGAAGUGGGUUCCAGACUUCGAGGUGACAGCCUGCUUUCUGGACUACCCCAGUCCCAAGAUGGAGCUGGUGUUCAACGUGACGCUCAUCGUGUUUGGGUUUGCCAUCCCUGUGUCGGUGAUCUCCUACUGCACCUGUCAGAUCAUCCAAGCCCUGAAGAACCAGGCCAUGGAGAAAUUCAACACAGAGCACACGGAGAGGAAGGCCACUUUGCUGGUGCUGUCUGUUCUCCUGGCCUUCCUACUCUGCUGGGUGCCAUUCCACCUGGUCACUGCUCUGGAUGUCCUCCUGAGGGCAGCGGACAUCUCAGGCUGCAACCUCAGCAACAGUCUGGAUAUCUGCAACCAGGUGUUUACCUACCUGGCCUUCUUCAACAGCGUGCUCAACCCAGUCCUCUAUGUGAUUGUGGGGAAGAACUUCAGGAAGAAAGUAAUGGAGGUGUUCGAACAGUUGUCUAUGAGGAAGAAAAUGGCCACCGGGUCACAACGGUCACAGCUGUCUUCCACGCUCAAAACGCUGGCUUGAGUUUGAGGAACUAAAAGGGAACUAGUUAUAUUACUUUUAUCUCUAUGACAGAAUUUGACACUUCAGCACCCCGCCCUCAGUUGACUGCAUUUUAUACUAAUAACCUUAAUAGAAUCAAUGUGCUUUUACUUAAAAGCCACAUUUAAGUUUAGAAUUUAUUUAUCAGUAAUGUGUUUUUUAGGAGGGCUGUUUCUCCUAAUUCAGUGCAAUAUAUAUGAAUAUUGUUUUCUGUGAAAUAAGCUGUGUAAAUAGAAUCUACCGAUUGUGUUCUAGAAACAAGUCAGAAUUCACUAGAAAUGUAUUUAGAACAGUUGUCAACUUUGUUACUUUUGAGAACAUUAUUGAAGUAAAAAACGAACCAUGGCUGUCUUGUGGAAUCAUUUGAAAUACAUGUCAAUUUCAGACAACCUAAAACAAGACCCAGAGACUCCCAGUGAACCCUGGGUAAGUGAUUUAUGAUGUUUUCUCUGACUAAAUGUCUGGAUUGCCACAUUAGUGAAUGUGUCACAGACUUUCCAGUGGUGACACAAGUUGUGUUCCUUUGUGUGGGAGGAGAACGUUACUCUCUCUUCUUAUGUUUUUUCCAAACCCCAACUUCAUUGGCUAGACAUGUUGUCAGGAGUGCCUGUGGUCAGGGGCACACCCCCAGUUUGUCCCCAAAGUAUAGUUGGUCGUGCCAAACAGGAAAUCAAUGUUUUGAGUGCACUGUAAAAAAAAAUAUAUAUA